UGGUCCUUCACAACCCUGAUUCUUUCCAAUUAUUUAUCUCUCUCUCUCUCUCUCUCUCUCUCUCUCUCUCUCUUUGUUUCCUCACAACACAAGGGACACGGUUCGUAGAUCAAACGGAUCAUGUACUAUCUCCCCACUUCUUGCCUGAUCUACUUGUUCAUUUUCUCCUUAUUUCGCCCUCUUCUUUCUACUUCAAGUAGGUGUGAGACUCUUUUUCAGUGUGGGAACAUUACCGCCGAUUUCCCUUUCUGGGGAGGUGAUCGUCACAAAGAUUGCGGUCAUCCAUCGCUGGAGCUUCACUGCGACAAAACCAACAACACCUCUUUAUUCAUCUCAAAAGAAGAAUACUAUGUUUUUCAUCUAAAUCAAAAAUUAAACACUCUUAAAAUUGCCAGAGCAGAGCUUCUCAGCUCUUUUUGCUCCUCUUUUAACUUGGAAGCAUCCUUGCCUCCCGAAACUUUUGAGCUUUCGCCAGCAUACAAAAACCUAAUCGUUUUCUACCUCUGCUUCUCUCCUACUGAUAAACUCUCGAGUUAUACAUGCCCUGAGAUAGGUCCUAUCUUAUUAUCUUCUGAAAACCCUAAACACCAUCUUACCUGCCUUUCAAGUUGCGCCGUGAACGUUCCUAGGAGUUUCGACACAAAAGAUAAAGAGUUGAAUAUGACCAAUUUGGAAAGGGUUUUAAAACAAGGAUAUGAGGUGAAGGUGAAGAUCAAUGAGAAGGCGUGUCAAAAAUGUUCAUCCUCUCAUGGAAUCUGUAGCUUCAACAAAAAAAAUCCAUAUGAAUUUAAAUGCAUUCCACUCCAUCAACCAACUGGAAUAUUUUCUAAAGCGAAAACAGAUGCAGGAAUCUCUUCUAAAGCGAAAAUAGGUUCAGGAGUAGGUGUUACUCUGCUUCUGUUCCUGUUCUUAACAACAUUGUUUCUCCAAAUUCUCCGAAAGAGAAAGAGAAAAACAUCACAAGCACUGGGUCAACAGAACGUCAAGGCACUUAUUACACUUAAGCAGUAUAGCUACACACAAGUGAAGAGAAUUACAAACUCGUUCGCGGAAGAGGUAGGGAGAGGAGGAUUCGGAACUGUGUACCGAGGAACCCUUUCUGAUGGUUGUAUGGUUGCAGUGAAGGUCUUGAAAGACUCAAAGGGUAAUAAUGGUGAAGACUUUAUAAAUGAAGUUGCAAGCAUGAGUCAAACUUCUCAUGUCAAUAUUGUUACUCUACUAGGAUUCUGCUCUGAAAGUUCGAAGCGAGCAAUUAUUUAUGAGUUUUUGGAGAAUGGGUCUCUUGAUAAUUUCAUCUCAAGCAAGAAGUCAUCAAAUAUGGACUGGAAGGAACUAUAUAUGAUCGCGUUAGGCAUUGCUCGUGGUCUAGAGUACUUACACCAUGGCUGCAGAACAAGGAUUGUACAUUUCGACAUUAAACCACAAAAUGUACUAUUAGAUGAAAACCUUUCUCCCAAAGUGUCAGACUUUGGCCUUGCUAAGCUUUGCGAGAGGACUGAAUCGAUAUUGUCACUGCUGGAGGCAAGAGGAACGAUAGGUUACGUUGCACCUGAAGUGUUUUCAAGUGUGUACGGUAGAGUCUCCCACAAGUCAGAUGUGUAUAGCUAUGGAAUGUUGGUUCUUGAGAUAAUUGGAGCAAGGAACAGAGCACCAAAUGAAGAGCCAUCGUCAAGCACAAGCUCAACGUACUUUCCUGAAUGGAUAUAUAAGGAUCUUGAGAAGGGAUACAACGGAGGGCAUAUUGAGAAUGGCAUCAGCAGCGAAGAAGACAACGAGAUAGCAAAGAAGAUGACAUUGGUAGGUUUGUGGUGUAUUCAGCCUUGGCCAUCAGAUCGCCCAGCGAUGAACAGGGUUGUAGAGAUGAUGGAAGGAAACUUGGAUGCUCUUGAAGUACCUCCUAGACCUGUUUUGCAAUGUUCCGUAGUGCCUCAUUUCGAAUCUUCCUGGAUUUCAGAGGAAAAUUCAAUCUCCUCUUAUUAGUCUUAGGUAUGAUCGCAAGCUUUUUAGUUUAUGAGUAAAUCUCUGUGGUUUAAUCGUAAUCGUAAACGUUGAUCGAACACAUGUUAUUAUUGAGCAUGAAAGACCUCUGAUAUUAGAUCGA